GACCUACUCCUUGUGAACAUUCAACACAACUGUGUCACGUUCAGAAAGUAGAUCAGUAGGUGGGAUAAUGUAGAGUUAUUAGAGGGGAGGGGGCCAUCCCAUCCGCCACCUACUGUUCCUGUUGCUCCUGCCUCAGUCCGUGAUACAACUGACAGCUCUGUACCACGCCUUGGUCGGCUACUGGCUAUAUUAGCAGUCAGCACUAAUUCUCGCAUAUUAGCCAACCGUCACAAUAGCAUAUUGUUGUUAACUACGACUGCACAGAGAGGACUUCGAGUUUUUCUUGAGUCGGCAUAAAUGCUCGGGAUGUAUUUCAAUCAAUGAACAGCAAUGAGAUUGUAGAAGCGCUUUAUUUUUUUCUUUGGUAAAACAUUUCUUUCUUUCUUUAUUUUUUACGGAGGAGCGACUUCAAACCUUUACCAUGCAUAAUGGACGAGUUGACAACUUCUUCGUUUAAAACUACCGGUUCCAAAUGGUUGCUUCCAGUCAGCGAUUUCUUUGGAUUCCCAUUGGAUCAGGUGAACUUCUUGGCAUGUCAGGUGUUUGCCCUUGGUGCAUCCUUCUGGUUCCGUCUUUACCUCAGCCCUCAGUUUUCCAGCCCCGUGGUCCGCCAUGCUGUCGCCACACUCUUUGGCCUCUCCUUUGUCAUAUUCUGUUUCGGCUGGUAUGCAGUCCAUAUCUCUGUCUUGGUGAUGGUCUGCUACAGGAUUCUGGUCACAGCUGACAUCCACAACAUUCACAGGUAUACUAUGAUCACGGCCGUCAGCUACCUCGCAGUGUGUCAGGUGAGCAGAGUCUUCAUCUAUAACUAUCCUAUCCUCUUAACAGACUUCUCUGGGCCGUUGAUGAUAAUUACCCAGAAAACCACUAUGUUAGCUUUUCAAGUGCAUGAUGGUAUGUGUAAAAAGCGCGAGGACCUCACGGCCAAUCAGAGGCUCCAUGCUGUAGACUCCAAGCCGUCUCUGAUAGAAUACCUGAGCUACAACCUGAACUUCCUCAGUAUCCUGGUCGGACCCUGCAGUCACUAUAAGGACUACAUAGACUUUAUAGAGGGGAGACACAUUCAGAGGAGGCUGAGAAGGCUUUCAGCGUCCAACACUGGACAGAAUGGAUAUGAUAAAGUCUCAGAGCCCUCACCUAUGGCUGCUGUCACACGUAAACUGCUGAUCUGUGGCGUGUGCAUGGUUUUGUUCCUGACCCUCACCAAAGCGUUCCCCGUCACGUAUAACGUUGACAGCCAUUUCGUCAACGAGGCACCUUUCCUGACCAGACUGACGUAUGCCGCCUUCUCUAUACAAGCCGCUAGACCCAAGUUCUACUUCGCCUGGACUUUAGCGGAUGCCAUCAACAACGCAGCAGGUUAUGGUUUUAAAGGUGUGGAUGAAGCUGGACAGGUGUCCUGGGACCUCAUCUCCAACAUCAGUAUCUGGGGGAUUGAGACAGCAACUAGCUUCAAGAAGUUCAUAGAUAACUGGAAUAUUCAGACUGGUGUUUGGCUCAAAACUGUGUGUUACGACCGUGCUCCCCGUUACCCCACAGCUCUGACCUUCAUCCUGUCAGCUCUAUGGCAUGGAGUUUACCCCGGAUACUACUUCACCUUUAUUACUGCUAUACCCAUCACACUGGCAGCUAGAGCUGUCCGUAAGAACGUCCGUCAGUAUUUCCUGUCCUCUUAUCCUGUGAAGCUUGUCUAUGACGUAGUGACCUGGGCAGCUACUCAGCUGUGUAUCUGCUACACCGUCAUGCCCUUCUUACUGCUGGCAGUAGAACCUACCAUGCAGUACUACAGGUCAAUGUACUUCCACAUUCACAUCAUCAGUAUUCUGACUGUGAUUGUACUGAGCCAGAGCCACAAACCAAGAGGCAGCAGCAGCAGCAACGGCACCAAGCCUGGACCAUACGAGCCUCAUCCCCAGGCCCAGCCUCAGCUCCAGCCCUCCAACAACAACGUGAAAAGAAAGUGAAGUGUCCCUCUGUGUGUGGAGGCAGCCAGAGACCUGAAUGGGCCCACUGGGUCAGACAAAGACGUCUCUGUGUGUCCACAACAAAGAGAGAGCUCAGCGGGGUGUAGGGGGGGCUCAGAGGGGCCGAGGGACUGUGCCUGCUGGCUGGUCGGCCUUGCCACCCUGUACAUCCAACACUUUUACUGCCAGGCUCCUAAAAGGCCUCUCUCUGCCCUGCUUGCCAAUUCUCUGUUCUUUCUUUCCAAGUGUGCACUUGUUCACUUCCCUUCAUGGAUCUGAAAGGGAAGGACUGGCAUACGAUCUCCCUCUAGUCCAGCCCAUAAACUCACCAAUACAACACUUUUAGUUCAAUGUGUGGGAAGCUGUGCACAAGUGAGAUGGUAUACUUCAGGAGAAAGAUCUGAGAAUUGGACAGAC